AUGGUCGACGUCCACCGGAGGAUGACCGGUCUCAACCCGGCACACAUAGCCGGAUUGCGCAGGUUAUCUGCGCGAGCUGCUGCUCCGUCAACGCCUUCUGCGCUGCCAGUCCGUAACGGUCUCUUGUCUUUCUCCUCGUUGGCGGAGAAGGUCAUAACCCAUUUGAAGAAUUCGGGGGUUCAGGUACAGGCGGGUCUAUCCGACGCAGAGUUCGCCCGGGCAGAGGCCGAGUUCGGUUUCGCCUUCCCGCCGGACCUCAGCGCCAUACUCUCCGCCGGCUUGCCUGUCGGUCCUGGCUUUCCCGACUGGCGUUCUCCCGGUGCUCGGCUUCACCUCCGUGCCUCCCUCGACCUCCCCAUCGCCGCCAUCUCCUUCCAAAUCGCCCGGAACGCGCUCUGGUCCAAGUCGUGGGGGCCACGGCCAUCGGACCCGGAAAAGGGUUUGCGGGUCGCGAGGAACGCUCUGAAGAGGGCUCCCCUCCUAGUGCCCAUCUUCAACCAUUGCUACAUUCCCUGUAACCCGUCCUUGGCGGGCAAUCCGAUUUUCUUCAUCGACGAGAAUAGAAUCUUCUGUUGCGGUUUGGAUCUGUCCGAUUUCUUCGAACGCGAGUCGCUAUUCCGGAGCUCCGAAACGGAUCCACUGCUACUCAAGAAGCAACGCUCGGUGAGUGAAAAAAGUGCGGGGUCAUCUUCAAAUUUCUCUCGUACAAGUUUGGAUGCGGGCGCGGUAUCCGGAACCAGAACCCCGAGAUGGGUGGAGUUCUGGAGUGACGCAGCCGUAGAUCGCCGUCGUAGGAACUCGUCAUCGUCGUCUUCUUCGUCGCCGGACAGAUACUUGGAGAUGCCCAGAUCCGAAAUCCCGAAAUGGGUGGACGAGUACGUAGUGCAAAUCGGGUCGGUUUUGAGGACAGGCGGAUGGAGCGAAUCCGACAUAGAAGAGAUCGUUCACGUGUCGGCCUCGGGGUUUUUCGAGGGAGAGAUGAUUAUGUUGGAUAAUCAAGUCGUCCUGGACGCCCUGCUGUUGAAAGCGGAUAGGUUUUCGGAGUCGCUGAGAAAAGCGGGGUGGAGCUCGGAGGAGGUGACGGAGGCGUUCGGAUUUAAUUUCCGACAGGAGAAGGAAAGGAAACCGGCUAAGAAGUUAUCCCCCGAGCUAGUAGAGAAAAUGGGCAAACUUGCCGAGUCGGUGUCCCGGUCAUGAUACGGCAUAGAAAAUAGAGAUUCUUUUGCGCUUUUUUUCUUUUUUUUAAAUAAUUUAUUUUUAAAACAAUUUGAAGGCAUCA